GGUCUCCAGCUUCGAAUGCAAGUUCAACUUCGUGGAUGACCAGAAAUUUGGACCGACUCAAAAUUGUCUGGCAGGCUCGCCUUGGUGUUCAUUUCUCAAGCGCUCUGCCAUUGUGGUGGUACGGUGUUGUACACAAGGAUACUAGAAAUCUGUAACUGAUUGGGUUUGCCAUUGAGUGAGUCCAGAGGAGCAAGUCAGAGCAUCUUCUUGUGUCCACCUGCCCGCAUCCUUUGUCAACAGCAUUGAUUGCCUCUUAAUCAAUAAAGUUUUCAUCGAGCUCUGCGAAAGAAACCCUGCCAUACUUGGUCAGGAGUCUUUUUUUCACUGUUGCACGAGGGACCCGCUCACCGUUAGAUCCGCAUAAGCCAUUGUCCCGGUUAUUAAAGGCACCCUCGUAGCAAUGGACACAGAAAAGAAAAAGAAAAAGAAGGCGGCGGCCGCGGCGCAGGAGGCCGCCGGCGCAUCGACCAAGCUGCCACAGCAUUUGCAGGACCAGAAGACGAGGGUCUUCUGCGCAAGCGAUGCGCCAACUUAUCAAAAUGUGUCGUACUCUGGGGCGUACAUGGCCUCGCGCAUCGACGACAGUCUGAACAUGGCGGACUUUGUGAAGAACUUGAAAGUGGAGAUCAAGAGCCUGACGGAGGAGGAAAUGGUCUUUGAUAUUAUUGGCAUCGACCCUGCGAUCGCAAACGCAUUCCGGCGGAUUCUUAUCGCCGAGGUGCCGACGAUGGCGAUUGAGAAGGUGUUCGUAGUGGACAACACGAGCGUGGUCCAGGACGAAGUGCUCGCGCACCGGCUCGGCCUCGUGCCGCUUAAAGUCGACCCCCGCAACUUCGAGUACCGCACAGAGGCCGACAACGCGACGGAGAAGAACACGAUUGUGUUCCGGCUGAAGAAGCGGUGCUGGGAGGAGGGGCCGAAAGGAGCGGAGACGAGAGUCAACGAGAAAGUCUACUCGAGCGACCUGGAGUGGCUCCCCCUGGGCAGCGAGCUCCCCCCCGACGAGGAGACCAAGUUCACAGCAUUUAAUGCACCGCAAACCGCGCCGGGCGGCCAGCCCAUCGCGCCGACGCAUCCGGACAUCGUCCUCGCGAAGCUGCGCAAGCGGCACGAAGUCGAACUAGAAGCGCACGCGGUGAAGGGCGUGGGGAAGGAGCACGCGAAAUGGUCGCCGGUGGCGACGGCAGCUUAUCGGCUACUGCCGGAGGUGAUACUCAAGGAGGACAUCAGGGGCGACGAAGCGGACGAGCUCGUCAGAAAGUGCCCGGUACACGUGUUCGACAUCGAAGAUCUGGGGCCAGACGGAAAGCGGGCUACGGUGGCGCGUCCUCGGGACUGCACCCUGUGUCGAGAGUGUAUACGAGAAGAGGGGUGGGAGGAAAAGGUGGCGCUGCGGCGAGUCAAGGAUCACUUCAUCUUCUCGAUCGAAUCUACAGGAGCCUUGAGGCCCGAGGAAUUGUUCACAGAGGCGAUCAAGAUUCUUACGGACAAGUGCGAAAAGGUGCUGGCGGAUCUGUUUUGAGCGGAUCUGAACCAUACGUGUCUAGUAGAGUCUCUUAUAUCCCAACGAUUGGUACUGAGCCCGCGCUGCGGCUCAACCUAAAUUGUAUGGUGAGGUUUGCAAAGCUGCGCAAGCUCCAUGGACGCAUUCCGCGUGGUCAAUUUCUCGGGUCACAAGACGGCAAGUCGAUUCGCUUUCCC